GUCGUGAAUCACUGCUCUAGAGUGGGUGCACGAUAAAAGUAUCUGCUUGCAGCUGGUUGUUGAAUUGAAGCAAAAACUGCAAAAUUUAACAGUCGAUUUACAACAUUUUUAUAAUAAAUCCUACAUUUUAUAGUCAGUGAAGGUCUCGAAAAGUUUUAAUUAUUAUAUCUUACAAAAAGUGACAGUGAAAAAUACAAAAUGUCGCAUAGUCCUCUGGUAGAGAGUAUAGAAGAAAAACAAAGUCGAUUCAUCGAAUUGUUUAUAGAGCAACGUGAUUGGACUGAAGAGGAUGUACUGGCAUUUGUCGCAGUUGAAUUUGAUGGCAAUGCCGAGGAUAUCAACUGGGUUAUAAGGACAGCUUUAGAAAGAUUACCUCAUCAUGAAAUAAUCAUCGAAAUACUGAUGAAAAAUGGCACCGAGCUGCAAGUACUCAAUGACUUGGGUCAAACAGCAAUACAUAUUGCAGCUAUAAACGGAAAGGACUAUGCCAUUCAAAAGUUAUUAAAACAUUCUAGAUACGAAAAUGUCAGUGACAACGAGGGACUCACGUAUUUUCACAUAGCAUGUAUGUAUGGCUGUCGCGAAUCGGUCCAGCAAUUCAUUGAUGAAGGCGUAGAUAUCAAUCUUCCUUACUACAAAGAUGGAUGUAAAGAAACCCCAUUGUCAUUAUGCAUUAAAAGCGAAUAUACAAAGAAUACAUUAGAAUUACUACUAGACAAUGGCGCUGAUUAUAAAUUGUUAGAUGGCUGGGAUGAGGACCCCUUAAAGUAUCUCAAACGUUUCAGUCGAGAUUACAGAUCUAGUCCCAUACAUACGUUGAAAGUACUUGCUGAUCAUUAUUUCGAGGAACUUUUAAAAUUUGCAAAUCAUUCGGAGGUAAUCGAAAAUCGCAGAGACAGCGAAGGAUUCACGUACUUACAUGCAGCUUGCAUGUCCGGCAAUGCGAAGAUGGUGCAGAAAUUCAUAGACCAGAAAGACGAUCUUGAUCUUGUUUGGCGUUUAUCAAGUGGCACUCAUGAAACACCAAAUCGAAAUAGUAGAAAUGCUCUUGAAAAAUGGCGCUAGUCCAAACUUGAAAUUGUUGGGGAAAAAUCCGUUGCACGUUUUUUUCGCGUAUCAUCGGGGUACCCCUGCGAAUUUGGGUCUCUUUGAACUUCUUAUUAGUUACAACUGCGACGUAAAUGAAAAAGACCGUGAUGGCCAGAGUCCGUUGUACCUUUGCUUCGGAAAAUGUGAACAAGCAGCUAUGGGUAUUUGCUCAUGCUGCACGGAGGAUGGAUUAGAAUACGAAAUAAUUGAGGAAUUAAACAGUAAUCGUAAAUAUGUAGAAAUUCUGCUUAAAAAUAAAGCCGACGUUAACGAAGUAUUUUCAUAUGGGCGAUCAAUACUUCACUCGAUUAUUGAUUCUGACAUAUGUAAAUCGGAUCAGAAGACCCAUGACGGUUACGUCUAUAAAAACUCAGUGGGUAUCAAAUUUGUCAAAACAAUUGUAAAAUAUGGAGCCGAUGUCAAUGCCAAAGAUGAUAAUGGAGAUUCACCUCUUCACUUAGCUGUAUUAAACAAUAAUUUGCAUGUGGUUAAGGCCCUAUUAAAACGCGGAGCCGAUGUACAAAGUGUUGACUUUUCGAAGUUUUAUUGGGAAUAUGAAUCAUCCUACCUAUGGUUUGACGAAAUAAUAACUUUUCUUUUAAUCCUAAAUAGUUUGAUUGAAAAAGGAUAUAAAAUGAAUGAAUCAAGCUGUUUGACAGUAUUGACAAUUUUGGUCGAUAAAGUUAUGCUUAGUAUACCCAGCGAUGCACGGAACGAUAGUCUACUCGUUGGUUCUCCGACGCAACUUCGUACGUUUCUGGCUCGUGUCAAAAAUAGUGAUGAUGGUGCUGAUCAGUUUGGGAGUUAUCAAAAAGAUCUUUUGGCUCAGGUGGUUCAUCGACAUCUUCAAUUUGUUGAAAAAGGGAAUGCAUUCAUGACUGCGGAGGUAAAGGAUUGCCUGCAACAACUGCAAACAAUAUUCAAGCUCGAAGAGGAAUUAGUUAUUAAAUAUAAUGCUGAAAUUUUGGUGCAAAUUGAAAAAUUAAAAAAAAUAAGGAUAAAAGAUGAUGUAUCUCUUUUGGACGUUUGUGCAUCUGGUCCCAUAAAAAGAUACCAUUUUUUGAAAAAUUCAGAAUUUUGGACAAUAUUUAACUCAAAGAGAUUCGAAAAAAAUUUUCAUCAUUUAUCUGAAACCAUUAAACCGUACAUAAUUAUUUGUUUCAUGAGAAAACUUUUCAUGGACAUUGGAUUAAAAUACUUGAUGUUAUUGACGCAGGGUAAACUCCCUACAUUAUGC